AAAAAAUAUAUACGUAUAUAAUUUGGCGUACGGUGAAUUUCUUGUGGCAUUCAAAGUUGCUGCUUGUUUAGGUUAGGUCUCUCUCUCUCUCUCUCUCUCUCUCUCCUUUCUUUGCCAAUUCAAUCACGACACCAUUGGAGAAAACCCAAUUCGAUAAUGGAGGAGUACAGAAUGCCGGCGGUGCCGUGGCUAGAAAGACUGCUAAACACCACCUUCUUCAACCUGUGCCGCAACCACGCCGCCGCGGCCCGGAGCGAAUGCAAUAUGUUCUGCUUGGAUUGCAAUUGCGACGCCUUUUGCUUCUACUGCCGAUCAUCUAAGCACAAAGACCAUCAAGUCAUUCAGAUAAGGCGAUCAUCGUAUCAUGAUGUGGUGAGGGUAUCGGAGAUACAGAAGGUACUAGAUAUAAGUGGGGUGCAGACAUACGUAAUAAACAGCGCUAGGGUUUUGUUCCUGAACGAGAGGCCUCACCCUAAGUUAGGUGGGAAAGCACCUUCUGUUUCUCACCUCUGUCAAAUCUGUGGCCGCUCCCUUUUGGACACCUUUCGCUUCUGUUCUUUGGGAUGCAAGGUAGUAGGAAAAAAGAGGAAUAAUGGGGAAGCAAAUGCAAGAAAAGAGGUAGUGAUAGAAAGAGAAAGAAGAGGUGAUGAAGAAGAAGAAGUGAUAUCAAGACAAGAAAUGGGUGAAGACAUAUACCCAAACACACCACCUCCUACUGCUAGAAGAAGAAAAGGCAUCCCUCAAAGAGCUCCUUUUAGCUCCUAAUUUAUUAUUAAUUAAUUAAUUAUC